GGCGGGCGCCUCUCGCAUGGAGCCGGGGCUGAGGGCCCCGUGGUGAUGCAGCAGCAGCAGCAGCACCGCCCGUGUGCGGGCAGAGCCCCCUGAGAGCCGCCGCCCGCCCGGAGCACACGCGGGGCUCGGCCCCGCUCCAUGGGCACCGAUGGAAUCGCUCCCGGUCGCAGCCGCCGGCGCCGCGCCUCAGCCCGCCAUGGCCUCAGACGGUGCAAAGGUGGAAGGCCAGCCCAAUGGUGACACGAUCCCAGCUGAGCAAGCCGGGCCUUCCGAAGCCUCUGGAGCUGCUGGGAGUUGUCAGAGUGAUCAGAUAGUGCAGAAAGUAGAGGAAGUGCUCUCCGGAGCCCUCGGGACAGAACUGCAGUGCAACCCAGAUGUAGACAAAAAUACUGUGAAAAAUAGUACUCAGUCUACAAAAAGGAGCUCUACUGGUGAAGAUGAAAUUCCUAGGAAAAAAGCAAAGAAAAACAAGAAGCACAAAAGCAAGAAGAAGAAGAAAAAGAAGAAGAAAAGGAAGAAAGAGAAAAAGCAUAAAAAGCAACCAAAGGAAUCCAAGUUGAGUGCACCUGCAGGCGUGCAGCCAGCUCCUCAUUUGAUGCCAGAGCAGUCCAGCUCCCAACUGAAUGUACAGCAUGGAGUGUUUGCAGAUGCAAACCUGGCUGGCCAGGUGCAGCCAGAACUGUGCUCAAAACCAACCGAGGGGCUUGAUAAUCAAGCUUUAGGACUCGUUUCCCAUUCAGUGACUGAUUCUCAGCAAUCUACAGAAAAUCUUGGAAGUGGGGAGGGGACUUUGUGUGCAACAAAUCCUCCAUUCAAUUUAGAAAGCAUCCAGUCUAAUAUCCCAGAAAAUACUAGUCUAGAUCAAACUAGAAUUUGCACUAGCGAAGAACAAAUUCAGCAGUCCCAUGAAAAUAUUUAUCCUGUAGCUGUUAAUGCCAGUGUUGUUGAUACUGGAAAUUAUACUUGGUCCAGCAUCCCAUCUGGAAUUGCCAGUAAAUCUGAGAUUCAAAAAGAUCCAGUAGAAUCACUAAGAGGUACAGAAGUCACACUGAAAUCUCAAGGCAUUGGGGAAAUAAAAGCUUCAGAUGCAGCUCUUGAGCCUGAGACCAUGGAGGUGCUGACUUAUUCAGAAGCAUCUUAUCAGUCUGUGUCUCAGAGGGCAGCACAGGGGUUGGAAACAGCUUCAGAAUGCGUGUCCUUGGCAAGUGGUGUGACAACAACUACACCUGCAAAUUGGGCUCAUCCAAGUGCUGUGACUGUAGCUCACGUGGCUGUGGCUGGGCAAGAAGUGAAAAUUCCAGAAACAACUGAAAAAUCUGUGCACAUGGAAAAUGUGAGAAGUGUGGAGAGAUAUUCAGAACUGGGGGGCGUGAGCAGAACUUUGGAGUCAUCCCUGCAACCCUCAGUUAUAUCUGGGAGUGUGAGCGUGACACAGGGCAGCCCCGUGGAGGCUUGCAGUGUUCUGAAAGCAGAUGUACCUUUGCAGCAUCCUUUGACAGUAUCUGCAGCCACCCCUGUGGAAAUGCACGUGGAAAUGCAAAGUGCCAAAACACCUCCAGGACCAGGAGCUGUUGGAAAAAUGAAGGCUAUGGAACCAGCCAUGGGAACUGUGAAAGCUUUGGAAACAGCCAUGGAACCUGUGGGUGUUGUAGCAAAAGAUGUCACAGCAGCUCAUGAAAGUCUGCAAGGCAAAAAUGUGGAAAGUACCACCAGUUCUGCAACAGCGCUGGGUGCAUCAGGAAUGUUCCACCUACAUGGAGUCUUGACAGAAACAAGGAGUGUGGACAGAACCCAGGGAUCUGCACUUUCAGCAGGAUUGACAGGUGUGAAUGUGGUUGCAGAGGCAAAAGGAUUAAGGGCGACUUCAGAACCCACCCCAGUUGUACAGACCUUCGUUCCCCAAGCAGCUUCAGAAGUCCAGAUGGCAGAGGGUUUUAGAAGUCCACGAGCAAAAGAUUCAGAAGGUACGUCAUUGCUGAGAGAAUCAAGACCUGAGGGUGAAUCACACGUAAGAGGUUUGGCACCUGCCCUGCCUUUGCAGAAGGAAAACACACAAGGUCCAGGAGGAGACCUGAGACCAGUGGCUGUGGUGGAAGCAAAAACUUUUGCAACAGCUUCAGUGUCCUUGCAGGUGGAAGGUGUGAAAGCUUCAGAAGAAGCUAUGCAUUGUGGGACUGUUGCAAGUCCAAGACUUCCUGCCUUAGAAAGGACUCCUGAACCUAUGGUUGCAUGUGAAAGCGUGGAACCAGUUAGAGCGGCUGAGGCGUCGGCAGGGGUGAUGCCAUGGCAAGCCACAGCAGAGAGAGAACCCCUCUGUGCAAGCCAAACAGAGAGUUCCGUCAUCGCACAGGCACAGGUCACGACACACACAGGAACCUCACAAACUGAGGUGCUGAGGGAGAGAAAGGAUUCAGAACACGCUCCGGAAGCAGAGACAAGGAGCAGAGAAGCAAUCCUAGAACCUGUGCAAACUUCAGAAAUCAGUUCAAAAUCUAUUCAGGAGCAAAUAGUAGGUCAUUCAGCAGCAGUAUUGGAGUCUUUGCCUAGAGUGGAAGAAAACAGUAUGACAUCAGGAGUACCAGCAGAAUUGACGGAUGUGCAAACUCAGGGAUCUGCUGUAGAACGUGAAAUUGCAGCAAGGAGGACCAGCACACAAAUAAAUGAGCCCUCAGAAAUGGAGAAAGCAAAGUGUCUGGAGCCAACAUCAGAAGCUGGAGGAGUGAGGUGGUUGGAGAGCACAAAAGAGUCUGCAGCAGUAGAGGUGAAAGGUUCUGGAACAGGUGAAGAGCUUGAGGUACCCAUGGGUGAUGCUUCAGCAGCUGUUCCAGAAUACUUGCACGCUGAAAAGCAACAAGAGCUUCAGGUUGUUCUAGAAGCAAAAACUGCUGCAGAAUGGAAGAGUUCUGAAGAGGCUCCAGAAAUCUUGGGUGCUUCUGAAAUAAAACCUGCUGAAGCAGUUCCAAAACCAGGGGAUGUAAAAGGCCUGGAAACCACACUGGAACGUGAAGUGACAGCCGAGGUACAUUAUGCAGAAGGAGUACAGAGUCAACAGGUGGAGGAUAUGGUGAUUGAGAAGGAAGAUGUGGAGCAGGCUCAAACAUCUGAGCCUUUGGCAGCAGAAACAGUUUUUAGUUCUUCACAUGCUACAGAGGAAGAAGUUGCAGCAGGGACUUCUGUAGCAGAAACACAAGAUUUGGAAACAGCUCCUCGAACUGAUGUAGAGCGAAAAGAAGCAGAAGCAGCAGUAGGGUUGGAGGCAGAGACAAAAGAUUUGGAAGCAGCUCCAGUACCUGAUACUGAUGCAGAAGCAGGUCCAGAACCUAUAGAGGAAGGCCAGCUGGAAGACACUCCAGAAGCUGAGGAUGUCAAAGAAGCAACUCCAGAAGAGGACUCAGAGAAAAGAGACUCAGAAACAUCUGAUGUACAACCUGAUGUGGCGGCACGAAUGAAGGAGACUCUUAUGAGGCUUGAGAAUGUAAUUGAAAAAAGUAGUCAUAGAACCAGUGAGAAAAAACAUGAUUCAAAGAAACAGAAAAGAAGCCGUUCCAAGUCUCAGUCCAGGUCUAGGAAGCGGAAGAAAAAAUCAAGGUCACGUUCUACUUCCAGGCGCUUGACCUCUAAAAGAGCACGUUCUAGGAGCAGAAACUAUUCAGUUUCCAGAAAAAAGCAUUCCAAAUCUAGGUCCCGAUCUGUGGAGAAGAGAGAGAGAAGGGUGUCUUCCAGGCGGUCCAGGCGCAGACGUUCUAGGUCAUCUGACCGGUACAGGUCUAAAUCCAGAUCAGCAGAAAAGAGAUUGUCCAGACGGAGACGUUCCAGGUCUUCUGACCACUACAGGUCUAAAUCCAGGUCUGUGGAGAAGCGACUGUCCUCCCGAAGGUCUAGACGCAGACGUUCCAGGUCAUCAGACCACUACAGAUCCAAGUCCAGGUCAGCGGAAAAGCGGCUGUCCUCCCGAAGGUCCGGGCGCAGACGUUCCAGGUCUUCUGACCGCUACAGAUCCAAGUCCAGGUCAGCAGAUAAGCGAUUGUCCUCCCGAAGGUCCGGGCGCAGACGUUCCAGGUCGUCUGAUCGCUACAGAUCCAAGUCCAGGUCAGCAGAGAAGCGAUUGUCGUCCCGAAGGUCCGGGCGCAGACGUUCCAGGUCAUCUGAUCGCUACAGAUCCAAGUCCAGGUCAGCGGAGAAGCGAUUGUCCUCCCGAAGGUCCGGGCGCAGACGUUCCAGGUCGUCCGACCGCUACAGGUCUAAGUCACGGUCAGUGGAAAAGAGAUUGUCCUCCUGGCGAUCCCGCCGCAGACAUUCCAGGUCCUCUGACCGUUCAAAAUCUAGAUCCAGGUCUUCAGAAAAGGGAGGAGGCAAAGAAUACUCCUGGAGGUUCAGACAUCGGUCUGGUUCCUCUGAUCGUUCAAAAUCCAGGUCAAGAUCUGUUGAGAAAAGAGGUCGGAAGGCAUCUGUACGGAGGUCCAAACGUCAGCGCUCAAAGUCCUCAGAUCGCUACAAGUCUCGGUCCAGGUCAGUAGAAAAAAGAGAUCGAAAGCAAUCAUCGCGGAAGUCUAAACGUCAGCGCUCCAAGUCCUCUGACCGGUACAAGUCUAGAUCCAAAUCAGUGGAAAAAAAGAAGGAAUCCUCACGAAAAUCCAAACGUCGACGCUCAAAGUCUUCUGAACGUUACAAGUCUAGAUCUAGGUCUGUCGAAAAAAAGCGCAAGGAGUCUUCAAAAAAAUCCAAACGGAAACGUUCCAAGUCCUCUGACAGCGUUAAGUCAAGGUCCAAAUCUGUAGAAAAAAAAGAUAAAUUAUCCUCAGCAAAGUCCAGCAGCAAGCACGUGGAGUCUUCUGAACUUCAGGAGUCAGCCAAAGGUCUUGAUAAAGAUGUUCCUCAAUCUUCUUUUGGAAGUGAAGAUAAAUCCUCUAAUGGUCCUACAUCAGCUGCUUUGUCUGAUGAAGGAGUAAAUGGCCCAGUGCUGCCACCAUCAUUUGGAGGUGGAUUUUCCAAAACUUCAGAGAACCUUGAGGAAAGCUCCUCGUCUGCUGAAAAAGCGGAUCUGCAGCAUUCUGCCACAUCUGAAUUUGAUGCCUCCGAAACCCCAGAUGACCAGGAAUUGAGAUCCACAUCUGUGGAAAAAACACAGGAUUCAGAGCUGCCUGUAACAUCUGAAAAUGGAUCAACUGAAAAAGCAGCAGCUCUGGAGUCUUCACUGCUGCCUGAACUUCCAUACUCCACAUCCAAAUCAAGAUCCUCAUCUGUUGAAAAAAGGGGAGAUCUAGAAACUUCUUCAGUAGCAGAAUUCCAUCUCUCUGCAUCCCGUGAAGAUGAGUCUCGAACUGCACCUCUCAAAGAAGUAGAAGGUCCAGAGCUUCCUCCAGGACUGAAAAGAGACAUGGAAGUUCAGUCAUCUUCUCGCCUGUCUGAAGAUGGGGUCUCCAACUUGUCUGAUGGUCACGAAUCACGGCAUAUCCCUGAACAUGAGCCUUCCCAGCUGGCUGACAGCCCUGGAGCAGUGGAAGCUCAGAGGCCUUUCCUGCCACCUGAAAUGAUCCGCCCUGUCAUCCCUGAUGGCUAUGAGUCAGGCCAGAUGCAGGAGCCUUCUCUGGCUUCUGACAGUGGACGCUUCAUGUCUCCUGAUGGACAUGGAUCAGGAUCCAGCUUUGCUGCACCAAUAGAGGAGCAUCCAUUGUCUGCAGGCGAGUCCUUUAAGUCACCACAUGGAAACGAACAAAGAUUUUUAUCAGUUGAAAAAGUCAAGACUCCAGAUGUUUCCCUGACAUCUGUGUGUGGUUCUGUUGAGGUGUCUGCUGACCUCAUUUCAGUGUCUUCUUUUGAAGUUCAUGAGUCCAGAUCAUCUGUUGACAAAGGUUUAGAUGGUCCAACACUUCCACAAGUGCUUGAGGUUGACUGCUCCAGGUCUUCGGAAAUGCACGAAUCAAGGUACCUAACUGGAAAAAUAGACGGUGCAGGAUCUUUGGUGAUGUCUAAAAGUGGGAUCCCCAUAUGCCACGAUGGCCACAAAACAAAGUACAAUUCCUUUGAGCAAACAGAGAGUGCAGAGCUGUCGGUGGCAUCUGAGCUGCGGUGUUCCAUCUUCCCUGAGGGCUAUAAAUUGACAUCUGCUGCAGCUGAAAAAGUGGAGAUCCAGAAGCCUCCUCUCUCACUGGAAAGUGGCUUCUCCGUGUCUGCUGAUGGUUGUGACUCGGUGAGCACACCUGAAAAACUACAGCCCCCAGUGACGGCUGUGGCAUCAGAAGGUGGGAUUCUGCUGUUGCCCGACAAUCACGAACUGAGGCCCAUCCCUGCGGAAAAAGCAGAGGUGCUGAAUUCAUCUGAACUGAAACACCUGGCAUCCCCUGAUGGCUACAAGCUGAGAUCUGCCUACAGUGAAGAAACACAGGUGCACGAGCCCUUUCUGAUACUGGAAGGCAGGUGUUCUGUGGCCUCCGAUGGUCAUGAGUUGGCAUCCACCCCUCUUGAAAGAGCUCAGGAGCCUUCUCAAGUGUCUGAAAAUGAGUACACGAUAGGACUUGAUGGCCCGGAGUUGACAUCGACCCCUGCUGAAAAAGCGGAGCUGCGGAAGCUUUAUCAGAUGCCUGAAGAAAGAUGUAUGGAGUCCAUCGAGGGCCGGGACCUGCGAUCACCCUCUGCUGAAAAGACGCAGGUGCAACAGCCUGCUCUGUUGUCUGAAAAUGACCAUGCCGUGUCCUGGGUAGGCCAGGAGGUGAGUUGCAGCUCUUCUGAGAAGGCAGAGAUGCAGGAAGAGGCUGUGGUUCCUGACAGUGCUGUGUCUUCUGGAGAUCACAGAUUGUCGUCUUUCUUGGCUGGAAGACCAGAAGUGCAGGAGUGUUCUCUGCUGCCUGAAAAUGAACAUGCUGAGUCUUCUGAGGGCCAGGAGGUGAUGGCCAGCCCUGCUGAGAAGGAGGUGCAGGAGCCUUCUCCAACACCUGGCAGUGAAUAUUCCAUCUUCCGUCAAGGCCAAGUACUGCAGUCUGGCCUCACUGAAAGCAUAGCAGUACAGGAGCCAGUGCUGGUCCCAGACAACCAAUACGCCUCAUCUCCCAAGGGGCAGGAGCUGCUCUGUGCUUACACUGAAAAAGCGGAGGUGCAGGAGUGUUCUUUGCUGUCUGAAAACGAGUACGAUGCAUCCCCCGAAAGGCAUCAUUUGGGAUCCAGUCCUGUUGAGAAGGAAGACUUGGAGGAACAUUCUGAAGCAUCUGAAAGUGAAAGUUCAAUAUCCACCGAUAGCCAGGAGGUGCAGUCUGCUGUUGCUGGAAAACCAGAGGUACAGGAGUUGUCCUCUGAAGGUGAAUGUCCCAUGACCCCUGAAGGUCAGGAGCUGCAGUCCAGCCCUGCUGAAAGAGUAGUAGCCAGGGAACCUUCUCUGACAUCUGAACAUGCUCUGUCACCUGAAGAGUACAGGUCAAGAUUGGCACGUGCUGAGAAAACAGAGGGUGUGGAUUCUGCUUUGACAGCUGAACAUGACCAUCUCCUUUUUGAGAGCCAGGAGGUGAGUUUCACCUCUGUUCAGAAAGCAGAUGUGCGGGACCAUUCUCCAACACCUGAAAAUGAACAUGGAGCAUCCCCUGACGGGCAGGAGUUAACAUUUACCACUGUUGGAAGAGUAGACUGUGUUGAACCUUUGGCACUGAAUGACAGAGCCUCGAUGUCCCCUGAUGACAGUGACUUGAAAUCCAUCCCGGUUGAAAAACUGGAUCAUGCGAUGCCUUCUUUCAUGCCUGAAGAGCGCCCGGUGUCUCCUGAUAACUGCAGUGUGAGAUCGGGCCCUGGUGAAGAAACGGGGGAUCUGGAGCGCUCUUCGAGAUCUGAGCGUAGAUACUCCACAUCCUCCUAUCAGGAAGGUCAUGAGCCAAAGUCUCCCAUGGAGGAGGAGGGUCUGGAGUCCUCUGUGACUUCAGAACAUAGACGAUCCGUGUCUCCUGAGGACCAUGACCAGAAAUCUAUUGCAGAUGAAGAAACUGAUGACCUGGAGAGGCGUUCCACUUCCCCUGACGAGCACGAGUCAAGAUCUAGUGAAGAAGCAGAGGAACUGGAGCAGCCUUUGACAACAGAACGUCGGAGCUCUGAGUCCUCUGAUGAGCACGAGUCAAGGUCAACCACUGGAGAAGAGGCAGAGGAUGCAGAGACCUCCUUGGCAGCUGAAAGAAGAGACUCCAUAUCCUCUGACGACCGUGAGUCUGCUGCAGGGGAAGAUGUAGAAGAUGGGGAGCCCUCGACCACUGAACGUAGACACUCCACAUCUUCUGAUGACCGUGAGUCGAGGUCUACAGCUGAUGAAGAAGCAGAGGAUUUGACAGCUGAACAUCGCUCUGUGUCUCCUGAUGGACGUGAGUCAAGGUCAACCGUUGGUGAGGAAGCAGAGGACCAGGAGCUCUCUUUGACAGCUGAGCGUAGACAUUCCACAUCUUCAGAUGAACAGGAGUCGAGGUCUACUGCUGGUGAAGAUGCAGAGGAUGUGGAGCCCUCCUCGGCAGCUGAGCAGAGAGAUUCCACCUCAUCAGAUGAGCAAGAGUCGAGGUCUACUGCCGGUGAAGAAGCUGAGGAUGUGGAGCCUCUGACAGCUGAACACAGACGUUCCGCAUCCCCUGAUGGGGCUGAAUCGAGGUCUACCACUGCUGAAGAAGAAGGAGAGGAUGCAGAGCCCUCCUUGACAGCUGAACAAAGAGAGUCCACAUCGUCAGAUGAGCAUGAGUCGGAGUCUUCCAGUGGUGAAGAGGAGGGAGACGAUGCGGAGCCCUCUUUGGCAGAUGAGGAAAAGCAGGAUUCCAUGCCUCUUGAGCAGUCGGAGGAACAGGACUCUUCCUUAGUCCCUGAAAGCAGACGUUCUGAGUCUUCCGAACGUGAAAAAUCCAGAUCCAAAUCUGUCGAUAAAGCAUCUGACAAAGAGUCCCCGCAGAGAUCCGUAAGCAGACACUCAAAGUCUCCUGCUCGCCAGAAGAGUCGAUCCACAUCCGUAGAAAAACCAGCGGACAAAGAGUCCGUGCGGAGGUACAGACGGAGAUGCUCCAGGUCCUCGGCUCACCAGAGGAGCCAGUCGACAUCUGUAGAGAAAACCGUAGACAAGGAGUCCUCACGCAGGUCCAGGCGGAGACGCUCCCGGUCCGCUGCUCGCCAGAGGAGCCAGUCCAAAUCUGUGGAGAAAGCAGCAGACAAGGAGUCGUCGCGCCGGUCCAGAAGCCGACGCUCCAGGUCCUCCCAGCGCAGGUCCAAGAGAUACGACACAGACUCGCGCUCCAGACGGAAUCGCUCCAGGUCAGCAACGCGGAGAAGAGCGUCCAGAUCUCGGUCCAGCUCGUUGUCACGUUCCAGGCACAGGAGGAGAAGCAGGUCGAGGUCGGCAUCACGAAGGCGGCGUUCCUUAUCCAGAGACAGGCGCAAGAGGUCGCAGAGGAACAGGUCGAGGUCUACUGACAGAAGGAGGAGAAGAUCCGACUCCAGAGACCGUAGGAUAUCGCUCCGAUUGCGGAGCAGGAGCCGGACCCCUCUUCGCCAGAGGCGGUCGCGAUCCAGGGGAAGGAGACGGAGCUCCAGCAGAUCCCCGAUCCGGCUGCGGCGCUCCCGGUCCUCGGGGAGGAGGCGCUACAGCAGAUCCCCCGACCGCCGCAGGUCCAGGUCCUCGGACUUCUCCAGCAGAUCACCCAAACGUCUUACAGACCUGGACAAGGCCCAGCUACUUGAAAUCGCCAAAGCCAACGCAGCGGCCAUGUGCGCCAAGUCCGGCGUGCCCUUACCCCCGAGCCUGAUGCCUCUGCUGUCCCAGAAGAAGGAUGACAAAGCCAACCAGAAGUCCUCGAGGGACACCCUGAAGGAGCUCACUGAGAAAUGCAAGAAGAUUGCUCAGAGCACUGAUGAUGUGAUAGUGAACAAGCCUCACGUGUCUGAUGAAGAGGAGGAAGAACGUCCUUUCUACAACCAUCCUUUUAAGCUGAGCGAACCCAAACCUAUUUUCUUCAACUUAAGUACUCCCAGCAUAAAGCCAGCACCACCACCCCAACCAAAAAACCAGGUGAUCCUGUCCAAGGAAUUCCCUGUUUCCUCUGGGUCUCAGCAUAGGAAGAAGGAGGCAGACAGCGUGUACGGAGAGUGGGUUCCCGUGGACAAAAACGGCAAAGACGACGGCAAGGACGAUGUUUUCCCCAAGCCGGCCAUUGAGUGCGUGGACAUAACCACAGCCAUGAACGACAGAGCCAUGGCCCAGAAAAGGCUCAAUGAGAACUCCUUUGACCUGGAGGCCAUGUGCAUGUUGAACCGGGCACAGGAGCAGAUCGACGCCUGGGCUCAGUCCAACUCCAUCCCCGGGCAGUUCACGGGCAGCACCGGAGCACAGAUCCUGUCCUCGGACGAGCUCACCAACAGCGGGCCCCAGGCGUGGAUUCGAAAGGAUCAGUUCUUAAGAGCAGCCCCUGUAACUGGAGGAAUGGGAGCUCAGCUGAUGAGGAAAAUGGGCUGGAGAGAAGGAGAAGGGCUUGGGAAGAACAAGGAAGGCAGCGUCGAGCCCAUCAUGGUGGAUUUUAAGACAGAUCGAAAAGGGCUCGUUGCUGUGGGAGAGAAGGCCCAGAAGAGGUCCGGCCAUUACGUGGUGAUGAAGGAUCUUUCAGGGAAGCACCCGGUGUCUGCGCUGAUGGAGAUCUGCAACAAGAGGAGGUGGACGCCCCCCGAGUUCGUGCUGGUGGACGACAGUGGGCCUGAUCACCGCAAACAUUUCAUCUUCAAGGUGAGAGUCAAUGGCAACGAGUACAGGCCCACCUUUGCCAGCCUUAACAAGAAGCACGCGAAAGCCACGGCGGCCACGGCGGCGCUGCAGGCCAUGGGACUCGUACCAAAGGAAAGCAUGGUCAAUACCACCAUGUUCAGGAGUGCCUCACACCGCUAAGCUUGGCUUUACUGGGACACUGGUUCUGAGCGUUUUACUCUGCACAAGAAAUGGUAUUUACCCCUCUCAUGUUGUAAAUACAUCGGCGAUUCCCACCUUGUAAAAACUGUACAGACACCCGCAGGUUUUUCUUUUGUACCAUCCAAAUGUAUUUAAAUCAUACUUAGUUUUUGGUAUGUUUAUAUUGUUUACAUUAGUGAUGUAAUUAUUUCUUAAACGACUAAAUCGGACGACAGACUCUGGAGGCAUCAGAAAAUCCAGACCCUUGGCCGAAGCUCCUGCAGUUCCUCUCCUGCCGGAACGUUGACCCUUUGAUACAGUUUUGUAGCGGCUGCAGAAUUCCCUGGGCUCGGGGAGGUGCUGGGCCGUGCCCAGGCUCUGCCCUCGGUGCCAGCCGUGCCCCGGACCGGAACCUGGGCCAGGAGGCCGCGGAGGUUCGGACACCGCCCGGCACGGCCUCCGUGCCCGGAGCCGCUCUUCCCAACCAGUGAAUCCACUGCCUGAUGCUGAUUGUUCGGAUUUGUGGUUCAUGUGAAUUUUAAACUCUUUAACAAAUCUACAACUGGAUUUGGGGGGAGGGAGGGGGUUAGAAUGACGCUUCAGUUGUUGUACCCAACUUGGUCAAUAAAGCAGCACAAGUUCAUAAUCUUCACCCCUGGUCGGUAAAGAGUAAUUCCGACGGAUGCCGAGCCUGGAGACGGGAAUUUAAACACGCCAAAAUGCCUUCUGCAAGAGACACCCACGACACAGAAGUGGCUUUGUGAGGCUUCUCGACAGCCCGUGGGACGGCAGGAGCAGGUCUGGUUAUUUUUGGUCGCUUUGAACUUUUACAAAAUAACUCCUUGGGAUUAAAUGUUUCCAGUAAGGAUCCUCGGCCCUCAAGGAGCCCUGUCCAGAGCUUGGGCAGUUGAACAGCGGAGAGGAUGUAGAAAGCUUUUCCUGCUUUUUAUUUUCUGUUUUAUUUAAGAAGCAUUCUUUGAUCUGCGUGCACGUGGGAUUGGAAGGGGCAGCGCACCCCCCCCGAUGGAUCUGAGUUAGGAGCAGGUUGCCAGGAUUUCUGCACUGGGGUCGUUCAGUCGCAGACAGUUCUCUGUGAGGUGUGAACCUGAGCUGGGUCUGGGGAAAGAGCAAACCCAGCCAGGCUCCUCAGGCCUCCCGUGAGGGACCCUGGGGCCAUGGAGCUGAGGAAUUCCCGGUACCUGGAGCCGUGUGGAUCCCGUCAGUGUCACGGAUCACGGAGUCCCCUUGCUCUGCAGGGACAAUGGUUGGUGUUUUCCUGUGCAGCAGAGAAUUGGGGUUGGUUUGGAGACAGAAAAAGCCCCUCGGAGUCUGUCCAAGCGCUCUGGAAAUGCUUCGGUUGAUCUUCAUUUCAUGGACGUUGUUGUCUUGAAUUAAACUUUUUUCCCUUUGGCA